AUGCCAGCCGCCGCUGAGCGCGAUGACCGUGGUGCUUCGGGGCUUGAAUCGUUUGCAAAGGGAGCAGCCAUCUCAGCGGCUGGUCUAGCAUUAGGUGAGAACCUCUUGCACCAACGACCUCGCAGUCGCUCCACAUCCCCUCCAGCCGCAGACAAAACCGCCCUCGAUCUGGCCCCGAAGUCCCAGAGUAGACCCUCCUCCCCAGAAGCCACUCGAAAUGCAACAGUAGCAGCAUCAUCAUCUGGAGGAGAAGACAUCACUCGCGGCCGCAGCCAUUCCACUGCACGAUCCAUCACCGAAUCACCCACAGCAGUCCCCUUGCACUUCCGCCGCCCACCGUUAUCCCCCGGCCUCUCGCGUGCGGUGCCAGUACCAGUGCCAACGACAGAAUCACCACCACCAGCUGUACCAUCACCAGGCUCGCCUACCCAGCGCCACCGCCGCCUGAACUCCGUCGAGUUCCGCAACUCGCGAGAGAUCCGUCCUCUCUGGCUCGUCGAGCGUCACGGCUCAAGUAAAGCCGAACCCGAGGCAGACGAACCACUCCCCUCUCUACCAUCCAGCAAAACCUCCUCCCGCGCCCCCUCUGUCGAAGACCUCCGCGCCCUAAACCAGGAGGAUGGAGUCCGGAGCUGGGAAAAUGUCGACCUUAGCCACUCCAUCAUGGAGAAUCGUCGACCAGCUGGCCUCACUAUCUCGACUGACCAUGACCGAGACGUCGACGUCGAUCGCGAACUCGACGUUCUCGAUUCCCAGCAGGCAACGCCAACAGCGGAGAAUUUCGCACAUGUCCCCGAAUCAGCUAAGAAGGAGAAAUUGAAGUAUGAAUUCCAUUCUCCGUCUGAAUUGCUGCAGGAUCCGAACUCUUAUCCUGAAAUUCCUUCUUCGCCUACGAUGAAGAAUUUGCCUUCGGCUGAGGGGUCGAUGGUUGGUGGGAAGCAGCAGGAGCAUGAUGAAUAUGAAUCUGCUGUUGAAGGUGAAGGUGGUCAGCAUGAGAAUACCCGUGAACUUGAUCUUGAACAACCUGCUCAACUUGAUGUUGACGUCGAUGUCGAUGUGAAUGUGGCCGACCAGCAACUCGGAGAACCAGGUACCGCCAUUGAAGAAAAAGGUCCUGAAAUUUUCGCACCUGAAGAGUCCAUUGAGCAGGAAGCAGAUAAGGAUAUUGUUCCCGAGUCUGCAGAGCCAGAGCAACCCGUUGAGCCUGUUCAAGAGCAACCCACAGCUACAGAGGAACCGGUUGCAGAGGAGCCGGCGACUACGUCUUCUUCAAAGAAGAAAAAGAAGAAGAAUAAGAAGGGGAAGAAGGAUCAAGUUAGCGAUAGCGUUGAUUUGUCUUCUGAGUCUGCUCCGGUUGUUGAGGAACAGGUUCCUGUUCCUGGUCUGGAGGUUGAGGGUGGAUCUCGUUCUAUUGAGCCUGAAGCUAUUCCUGCUCCUGUCGAAGAGGCUCCUCUCCCUGUCGAAGAGGCUCCAGCUCCCGUUGAAGAGGCUCCCGCUCCUGUGGAAGAGGUUUCUGCUCCUGCUAUACCCGAGCCAGAGGCUGAGCCAAUUCAAGUCUCUAGGGAAAUCGAGGCUGAGCCAAUUCCCGCUCCCACCGAGCCCGUUGACUCCGCUGCCAUUGAGUCUACACGAGAGAUCGAUACAACUCCUGUCGAGCCCGCUGAGACUAACCUCGAAGAGCCUGCUGUUGAAGCUCAGCCUGAGCCUGAAGUCCCCAUGACCGCAGCGCAGAAGAAGAAAGCCAAGAAGGACAAGAAAAAGAAGUCGAAGGGUCUCUCCAGUGCGGAGCAAGCAGAGAAUGCUGUCACAGAUGUUGCUCCUGAACAAUCGCCAGAGCAGGCCCAAGACCAACAAGAAACUAUUCUUGAGCCUGUCUCGGAGUCUACCCCUGCUGUUGAGACUGAGUCUACGGAAAAGGAAAUCCCCGAAGCUCCAGCUCCAGCUGAAGAAGUGUCUUCUGAUGCCCAAGAGACUCGCGAAAUUGUUGACACUACCGAACCAGUUAUUGCCGAGAACCUUGAGCAUGAUGUUCCCAGCUUUACUGAGCAGUCAGAGCCAGUGGUGGAGGACGCUGAAAAGUCUACCGAAGUGCCAGCAUCUGACUCCCGUGAGAUCGAAGAGUCAGAGCCCGUCUUCUCCGAGGCCCAAGAAUCAGCCCUGCCGGAGCAAAAUGUCGAUACCCCUCCAGCCCCCACUGAGCCAACAGACAAGACCGCCGAAUCAGACGAAGACAUGUUCCACGAGACUGUCCAGGAGCAGCCUGUCACCACCGAGGAGAUCAAAGAUAUUCCCUCCGACCAGCCAAUUGAAGAGCAGCCCACAGUCCCAGUCGAGCAGCCCGAGGAACCCAAGCCUGAAGAAGCAGUGGAAGAAGCAGGUUCAAAGAAGAAGAACAAAAAGAAGAAGAAGAAGAACAAGUCUGCUACUGAAGAGACGGAUCUUCCUUCUGAAUCCAAACCUGCUGAUCCCGAGCCUGGACAGGAACAGGAACAGGAACAGGUUGCCGAAGAUGUCAAGCCUGAGAAAUCAGCUUCCGGUGAACCUGCUGAUUCCCAGGAUGUUUCUGCUGCUGCUGAUGUUCAGCCUGAGCUUGGUCCUGAACAGCUUAGCAAGGAAAUCGUUGAGCCUUCUUCUGAGGAGUCUCCUGCUGUUCAGGAACCCGAGUCUGUCCUUGAUCACGUUGAGCCUGCUCCUGAGUCUGUCGAACCUGCUCCUGAAUCUAUCGAGCCUGUUGAACCUACUUCAGAAUCUAUUUUCCCCGCCGCUGAGCCCGCCGAGCCUAUAUCCGAGCCAAUUGAAGCUGUCUCAGAGCCUCAACCCACAGAGGAGACUCGCGAAAUCCCAGUCGAACCUGCUUCUGAAACUGCCCCUGAGGCCGAGGCUGAGGCUGAAUCUGAAGUUCCAAUGACCGCUGCGCAGAGAAAGAAAGCCAAGAAGGACAAGAAAAAGAAGGCUAAGCAGAGUGUUUCUUCUAUUCCCGAGGAAGAAAAGCCCGCUGAUGCCCAGCCUGCGCCUCAACCUGCUGAAUCUGAGCCUCUUCAGUCCGCUGAACCCGCUGAACCCGCUGAACCCGCUGAAUCCGUUGAGCCUUCCGAGCCAGUCGAGCCCGUUCCGCCAGUCGAAUCCGCCGAGCCUAUUGAAGCAACCCCGAUUGUCGAGGACACCCCCCCUGUUGAAGCUCCAGUCGAAGAUAUUGCCAAAGAAAUCGAAGUUGCUCCUGAAGCAGUAGCAGAGGAAGUCGCUGCUGCCGAAGAGAAACAAGAUGAUUCGGUCCAGCCGGAGCAGCCAAAGGAACUUGAACAGGAAGACUCUGCCCCUGCUGAGGAGACAGCUGUCGACGUUCCUGCUGACGUUGAAAUCUACGAGCCCGCAGCAGAGCAGCCCGAAGUUCCUCAAGAGCCCCAAGAGCAGCCUGCUGAACAAGAACCUGUUGCCGAGCCUGAGGCGGAGGUUCCUAUGACAGCAGCUGAGAGGAGAAAGGCCAAGAAGGCUAAGAAGAAGCAGCAGCAGAAGGAACAAGAAAAUGUUGAUGUGGUUGCUGACGACGCACAAGCCGUUGAGACUGUGCUUGCUCCCAACCCUGAGACUGAAGCAACCAAGGAAACAGAGGCCACCGCUGACGCCGAAAUUCCUGUAGCUGAAACUCUUGCUGCUGAGGAUUCCGCCGUCCCUGCCGCUGCUGUUGAGACCGAGGAGACCAGCAGAGAUAUUCAGACUGAAAUCGAAGCACCUGUUGAGGAAACCCUUGUUGAUACUCCUGCUCCUUCUGAAGUUGUUCCUGCCUCAACUGAAUCUCAAGAGGAAGAGACAAAACAUGAGCCUCUUGAAACCAAUACCCCCAUUGAAGAGGACUCCGCCCAUGUUUCCGCCGAGCCGCUUCCUGAAGUCCCAGAGGCAGAGGCAGAGGCAGAGGCAGAGGCACCCCAAGAAGAGUCUCAACCUCCUACAGCCGACGCUGAGCCUGAAAUUCCCAUGACAGCUGCCCAAAAGAAGAAAGCCAAGAAGGACAAGAAAAAGAAGCGCCAAUCUGUGGUUGAAGAGCAAUCUGUACCCGAGACCGAUCCUACUCCCGCCGAAAAGGAGACCGAGCCAACCACAGAAGCACCCGCUGAGACCGUCCCUGCCACUUCUGAAGAGAUCGCGCCUGAACCUGUGACAGAAUCAACUGAGCAACAAGUUGAAGUUCCUAUUGAGCCGUCUGCAGAUGAUGCUGUCCCUCCCACUGAGCCGGUGUCUGAAGAACCAACUGCAGAUCCCACUGUGACUGAUUCUACCGUCCAGGAUAUCCCUGUCGAAGAAAUGCCUGCCUUGGAGAAGUCUCUUGAUGAUCAACCCCAAGGAGAACAGGCUGUUACUGAGCCUUCUCCUGAAGAGACCCCCAAGCUUGAGGAACAGGUUUCGGAGGAGCCUCCUGUCGAGAGUGCCUCUGUCGAGGACUCCGAACAGACUUCUUCCAAGUCAAAGAAAAAGAAGAAGAAGAACAAGAAGAAUCAGUCUGUUUCUGAAGAUGUCACUCCGGAGAUUCAGUCUGAGCCUGUUAAGGAGGAGUCUACUGAGCCUACUACUGAGCCUACUGCUGAGCCUUCUGUUGAGUCUGCCGUUGAGCCUGUCGUUGAGCCUAGUGCUGAGCCUAGUGCUGAGCCCUCCUCUGAAUCUGCUCCUGAACCCAUCGGUGAAACUUCUACUGCCGAGCCUGUCGUUGUCGACUCUGCUGUGCCUGAAGAACAACUUGAAGUACCCGAGCCAGUUGCCGCUGAGAACACCGAGCCAGUAGUUCCAACUGACGUUGUGGAAGCUCCCCCUGCAACAGAAGAGCCCGCCCCUGAAGAGGCUUCCAAGGAUGUCACUGUCCCCGAGCAAGAAAGCGUCGAGGCUGAGCCAGAGGUCCCUAUGACUACGGCACAAAAGAAGAAGGCGAAGAAAGACAAGAAAAAGAACCGCAAGUCUGUGGCCUUUGACGAGUCGCCUGCUUCCCCAGCCGACCCCCUCGCAGAAGAGUCUAUCUCUGCUCCUGCAGAUGUAGAAUCAAGCAAUGCAGCUGCCGAGGAUCUUGUAAGCCAAGAUGUCGCUCAGCCAACUACAGAUCCCGCAAUUGCCGAUGUUCCCGCAGACAAGGACAUCCCAAAUCCCGAGGAACCAGCUGUCGAUCAACCUGAAGUUACUCAAGAGGUGUCUGAGCAUUCCGGCGAGAUAGUUGAGAACACACAGGAGACAGUUGCACCUGAACCAACCCUGGAGACUUCGGAAGAGCCAUCGACGACUGCCCAAGCCGACGAGCAAUCUGAGCCGUCGCCAGAAAGCCAAGUCCCUUCCGAUGACAAGCCCACUGAGAGUACAGAGGCGGCUGAGCCCAUUGUUGAUGCUACAUUGACUGCCGCCGAGCGCCGCAAGCUCAAGAAGAAGGAGAAAAAGAAGAAGGGCAAAUCCGUGGACUUGACUGAAGAAGAACCUUCAACUCCUUCCACUCCCGUAGAGGCACUCCAGGAGCCCGAGGCUGCCGCAGAGUCUCAGACAGAAGCUCCCAAGGACAUUGACCAAGAUGUUCCCCAAGGAGAGGAAGCUUCUGUUGCCACCCCGGAGAUCGUGGAAGAUUCAAAGGUCGAGGAGCCCGAAAUGAAGGAAUUGGACGAUAAAGCUGAUGCCCCUGCGACAACACAGCCCGAGGAGCCUGAAACGACAAUCGCCGAGACCGAGAAUCCUAUCGAGGAGGAGGCUACCCCUCCCAUCGAGGAACCCGCCGAGCCGGUGGUCACUCCUUCGACCGAUGCACCAGCACAGCCAGACUCCGCUUCUCCCGAAAUCGAUGUUGCCAUGUCAGCCAAGGAGAAGCGGAAAGCGAAGAAGGAUAAGAAGAAGCGCCAGUCCAAGAACCUUGAAGCCGACACUUCCACGACCGAUGAUACCGCCAUCCCUGCCGAGCCAGUCACCCAAGACUCUGACAAGACCGUCCCUUCUGAAGACACACGGGAUCCUUCCAUACCCGUGACGGCAAUCUCGCCUGCGGAGCAUGACGGUAAAGAUCAUCAGUCCCACGACAUAGAAACGCCCGACGUCCCGGCAAGUGAAUUAGCUCCGACUGAUGAAUUCGUGUUUACGCAGCGAGUCGAUGGAGCGAGAUGUGCAGAAGAGGGGGAAGCACCAGCCACCGAAGAAGUUGAGGCAGCGAAUGUGGCCGAAGACCAUGUUGUUGAUGAAGUUGUGAAGGAGGAUGCAGAGAAGCAGGAUAAGGUCGUUGUUGAUGAUGUUGCCGCGGAUGUUGCUCCUGUCGAGGAGGAGAUUACAGGAGAGGAGAUCGUUGAGCCUGUGCCGAAGGAGGAAGAUAUUACUGAAAAAGCUAUCGUCGAAGAAGCUCCCGCUGAUGAAUUUACUGAGACCGCACUGGAUGUCAGUGCCCCCGCCGAACAAGAGCUUCCUGUUGAGGAACCCCUCCAGCGAGCCUUGUCCAAGAAAGAAAAGAAGAAGAAUAAAAAGAAGAAGCAGCAGCAGGAGGAGGCGCAAAUUGAAGAAGUCCCUGUCGCUGAGCCGGAGGAAGUGGUUGAGGAGAAGACUGAGCAGACGGAAGCCGAGCCCGCCAUCGUCGAAGAAUCCCACGACAGGUCAAUCCCUGAGCCCGAGGUCGAGCCAGUUGCAGAACAGGAGGAGGUUGUACCCGUUGAAGAGCCGGUACAGUCGACAGAAGAUGUUGUUGAGCCUUCCACACCUCAGCCGGUUGAAGAGGUGGAAUAUUCCAAGGAGGUCGAACCGGCCCAAGAAGAGCCUGCUCCUGCUCCUGAGCCCGAGGCAGUGGAAGAUGUACCAGUGCCAAAGAAGAUGAGCAAGAAAGAGAAGAAGAAAGCUGCCGCUGCUGCUGCCGCUGCCGCCGCCGCCGCAGAAGAGAAGGCCACCGAGGAGGUCUUGCCCGAGGCAGUUGAAGAGCUUGCUGCUCCUACACAAGAUAUCGAUGUCCCCGCCACUACUCCUCAACAAGAAGACCAGCCCCCGCUCGAUACGAUUGAGCCCGAAUCUCAGCCUUCCGACCCCGUCGAUUCGCUAAAGGAUAUCGACGCGCCGGUGAUCGAGGAACAGCCGCCUGCUACCGAGGAGGCCAGCGAAGAACAGCCUGCUACCGAAGUGCCUUCUACAGAGAUCAACACCGAGGAGCCCGAAAUCGCCCUUGAUACGACCAAGGAAGCUGCUCUCGAAGUUCCUGCCACAGAUCCCCUUGUCGAAGAGACUUCCGUCGAACCGGCAGUGGAGCCUGAGACUGAGUGGCCUACUGUGUCGAAGAAGAUGAGCAAGAAGGAGAAGAAGAAGGCUGCUGCCGCUGCCGCUGCCGCUGCUGCUGCCGCCGCCGCCGCUCUUGAAUCUGAAAAGCCUGCCGAGCCAGAGCCAGAGCCCACCGUGGAAGAACCAUCCGUGUCUCCCGAGGAAACUAUGGAAGUUCCAAGACAAAUGCCCACCGUGGAAGAUAGCCAAGGCGAACUUGAGCAGCAGAAUGAAUCACAACCGGUGGAGUCGACCGAAAAGGAGCCCAUUGAGCCGACACAGGAGAUAGUUGAAGCCGCCGAACCAAUUGUUGAAGAACCCGAGCAGCCUGAGGAACAAACCGAUACCCUCGAGAAGGAAAUCCAACCUGAGCCUGUGGUAGAAGAAUCGCCUGCUGAACCCAUCCCUCGCAAGUUGUCGAAGAAGGAAAAGAAAAAGGCUAAGAAGCAGGGAAAGACAGAGCCUACCGAUCUGGCUGCCACUCCCACUGAAGAGCUUCCUACGGAAGAUGCACCUGCCGACGCUGUCAAUGAAGAUGCCCCAACAACUUCUGAAGAGACUGGUAUGGAAACGACUCGCGAGAUUGUCCCAGAGCCAGAGCCUGUCCGCGAGGUGCCAGCUGAGGAGACAACGGACACUCAACCUGAAUCCCAUGAUAUCCCUGCUGCGAUUGAGCCAGAGACCCAAGAGGCUUCCGAACAAGUCGAAAAGGAUGAGCCUGUUGUCUCCCUCGACCCCUUCGAUGGCCCUUCGCCUGCCGAAGAGAAGAAUCAAGACCUCCCUGUCGAGAAAAUCGAUGAAGCUACUCUCGAUCAAACCCCUUCUCCGGAAGAGCAAGAACACAAAAAAGAGGAGGAAGAGACAAAACUUCAAAGCCAGGCUCUUGAGAAGGCAGCAGACCUCGAAGUGGCUGGUGAUUUGUUUGAAGACCGACAACAGGAACCAGAAGCCGCUGCCCCUCUUUCGAAGAAGCUGUCCAAGAAGGAGAAGCGCAAGAAUAAGAAGAAGGUUGAAGUUGAAGAGCCGGUUGAAGAAAGCCAAGAACAAUCUACCCCAGAGGUACCUUUUACCGAGUCUAAAGACGAAGACGAACUGCCUACGACUACGCCUGCACCUGCCCCUAAACCCGAAGUUGAGUCUACAGUUGAGCCGGAGCCUGAGGUUCAAAUUGAGCCCCAGGUCGAAACUGAAUCAACCAGGGAGCUCCAGCCUGAGUCGGAGAUGUCUAGGGAGAUUGAGCCUAUAAUUGAAUCUCCCCCUCCUACUGAGACAGAGACUGCUGCAGACGCUAUCCCAUCAGAGCCUGUCGAGCCCGUCGAGCCCGUCGAGCCUGUCGAACCAGUCACAGAAACACCACUCUCAAGCAAGGCUUCAAAGAAGAAAUCAAAGAAGGCCAAGAAAGCGGCCCAAGCCUUGGAUGUAGAAGCAUCUCCCGCCACUACGGCUGAGGAACAAGAUCCUGCCGCCCCUGUCGCCCAGGAAGAGUCUAGCUAUGACCGUGAGCUUUCGGAAUCGGCUCCCAAGGAGAAGAAACCGGGUGAUGACGAAUUCCCCACAAUCGAGUGGGAGCAUGGCCAGUCUCCCAAGCGCGAGACCUUCGAGGCACAAUCACCAGAGUUCCAGGUCAAGGUUCCUGAGCCAGUUCCCCAGACCAUCGAGGAGUAUGAUGAAUCUGCAAUCCCCGUUGCUUUGCAAGAGGCCAAGGAGCAGUCCCACGAGGCGAUCGAGGAAGAAGCCUGGACUGCCCCAUUGAGCAAAAAGGACAAGAAAAAAGCCAAGAAAAACAAGAGAAAGUCCGAACAGGCAAGCCUUGCUGAGCCUGAGACGGAGGAGCCCUUGCAUAAAAGAGUCGAACUGGCGACUGACUUCCCCGAGCCACCAAUUGACACUGUGAUCUCCAAGGAGAUCGAAACACAGCCACCGGCGAGAACUACGACUCCCGGUGGCUCCAAGAUUGCCAAUCUCUUUCCCGGUCUCGAGCGAGGCGGGUUCAAGCGAUCAGCUCUGGACAACAAGACCCCGUCGCUAAAAGAUAGUGCUGAGGAAGAGACUGAAGCGGACAUGGAAGCUAGUCGCGAUAUCGCGAUCCCCGUCUCGGAAGCACCCCAAGCGACCCCCGAAUCCAGAGAGAUUACUGAGAGCAGUCGUGAACUGCCUAUUUCCGUUGAAGAUGUACCGGGCUUACCAGGCUCGCCUGUCGCUUCCCAGAAAGCGCCGAUCGAAGAGCCAGAACCAGAGGCAGAACCAGAGCUCCCGGUUCACGGUGAGCGGCCCAUGCAGUCUGCCUCUACGGAACGAUCCUCAAUUCUAUUCGACUCGUCUCCAUCUACACGUACAGAAGAGGCAUCUACACCCCGGCGUCUAUUGCCAUCCCAGAUGGAAGCCCCCGAUCUUUCCCCAUCCCCCUCCCUCUCUGCACUACGCCGAACUCCCUCCGUGAUCCACGGGCGCCAUCAGCAAACGCCGCGAACAUGGACCCUUGACGAAGAGUCUAUCCCUGCGACCAGUGGCCCAUCACCGCCGCGGUCCCUCUUUGGAGGGCCUUUUGGGGAUCAUGAUGGUUUAUCGCGACCCCGGACUCCGCUCGAUCCCAUUGCGGAGCAAGAACCAGUGGAUGGGGAUAAAGCGACCAUGGCUCGCUCCGGGACGCCCCGUCUGGAGAUCAAACCGGAGCAUGUCCUUCCACGACCAGUGACUCCAGUGCGAAAAUUCACCGACAAUGCAAUGGCACGAGAGAGGUGGCCUACUCCUGAAAAUGAGAAAAGUCGCAGUCAGGACAGCCUCAAGAGUGGCAGUGGAAAUGGCACUGGCAGUGGAUCAGGACUGUCACCAUUAAAAACUCCGGAGCAGGGGAUGCCAGUGCUCAAGCCCAGCGGUAGCAAGGGCAAGCUACGACGCACGAAUCGUAGCACGAGCAGCGAUCUGCGGGCGGCUAGUCGGGCUUUAGACGAGGACGAGUCAGAGUCUCAGCUCCAGCCCCAUCCUGAGUCUCCUCCGUCUCGGACCUCCCAGCCUCCACCCAAUCUCGAUCUCGAUCAACUUCCUUCUUCUUCAUCCUACGACCCCGUCAAUGACAAGGGCAAACGCCCCCUGCGAAACAUGGAUGUUUAUGAGGGUUGGGGUGAAACACCCAGCUCCCCGCGGUCGCCCAGCCGACCGCCUAGCGUCCGUCGUCGCCGCAGCAUGCAACACCUCCAGGACAUGGAAAGCCGUCUCGACCAACUCAUCUCAGAGAAUCGUUUACUCAUUGCCUCUCGCGAUGAAGCCGAAGAUAAAUUGCGCAAUGCCAGCGUCUCUCGUCGCAAGAGCGACCGCGCCCUCAACAGUAGUAGCGCCGACCUGAGGGAUCGCGAAGCCGAAGUGGAACAACUCAAGAACUCGGUGGAUUGGCUUCAGAAAGAAAUGAGUCGUGUCACCCAGGAGAAUGAGGGUCUCACAGCUUCCAAUGCUGCCCUCGCUGCCGCCCAUGCCGCCGAAGUCACUACCGUGCGCGAGUCUUCCACGCGCGAAUUGGAUGACUUGCGAUCGCAACACAAUGCCCUCUCAUCGGAGAUGGACGAUCGGGUCCGACAAGAAAUCGAGUCGGCUCUCGCUCAAAAGGAUGCUGAGUUGCGACGCCUACGGGAAGAGCUGGAGGAAGCCCGCGACAAAGUGAAGGAGCUGCAACAGCAGAUCGCUUCGUCGGUCAAUGACAACGCUCUCGUCUUCCGCGACGAGGACUACUUCGACGCUGCGUGCCAAAAGCUGUGCGGCCACGUUCAACAGUGGGUGCUGCGCUUCUCCAAGCACUCUGAUCACCGUCGCUGCCGUCGCUUGGUCGACAUCUCCGAUGAGAAGAUUGCCGACCGGUUCGAAAACGCCUUCCUCGAUGGCUCCGACGCCGAUGCGUACCUGUCCGAUCGUGUCCGUCGUCGCGACGUCUUUAUGUCGGUGGUCAUGACCAUGGUAUGGGAGUACAUCUUCACUCGCUACCUUUUCGGCAUGGACCGUGAACAACGUCAAAAACUCAAGUCCCUUGAAAAGCAAUUGGGCGAGGUCGGUCCACGCCGCGCAGUUCAUCGCUGGCGCGCUACUACCUUGACCCUCCUGUCGCGACGGCCAGCUUUCGCCUCACAGCGCCAGAGCGACACUGAAGCGGUCGCACUUGAGAUCUUCGGCACUCUGUCGCGAAUCCUUCCACCCCCCUCUCAAAACGAGGACCAACUCCUCGACUCCCUUCGCAAGGUCCUCCGUGUCGCUGUCAACCUCUCCCUGGAGAUGCGCACCCAGCUGGCAGAGUUUAUCAUGCUCCCCCCUCUCCAGCCCGAAUAUGACACCAACGGCGACCUUGCCCGUCAAGUCUUCUUCAACGCGGCGCUGAUGAAUGAGCGCAGCGGCGAAACCACCUCCAACGACGAGCUCGAAUCCUCCCAGGCCGUCGUCCGCAUCGUGCUCUUCCCUCUCGUCGUCAAAAAGGGCAACGAUGUCGGCGAAGGCGAGGAGGAAGUCGUCGUCUGCCCUGCCCAAGUCCUUAUCGCUCGCCCCGGCAAAGACAAGAGAGUGUCCCGGAUGAUGAGUGGUGAUCGCAUGUCGUUUGAUGCAUCCCGCUCCGUCCAUAGUGUGGCACCAUCCAUGGCACCCUCCAUGGCCCCCUCUACGAUGGACAUGAGCAAUGUGAUUUGA